AUGGGUCUGUGCGGCUAUGGUAAAAGCGGCCGGGAGUCGGACCUCCGGGCAAAACUCGUUGUUCCCGCUCCUCCUCGUCGCACCGUAUUCCGCCUACAUCAACUCACCUCUCACCUCUAUCCUCUUAAGACAUUCCCGUGCAAUACACAACUUGUCGCCAUGUCUCUCCUCGGAAAGAAGUUCCCUACCCCCAUCGCCAAGCCUCUGGGCCCCUUCUUCGCUGCCGGCGUUGUCAUCCUCUACGGCGUUAACUCCUUCGGCAACCUCCUCAUGAACACCGAGGAGUUCAAGAACGACCCCCGCAACCCCAACCUCAAGAACAGCAAGCAUUAAAUUAGUCUCUGUUAAUCUGAGAAUGUCGAUAUGACGGGUGAAAGAGGAAUACGGAGGGUGGCUGAUUACCCGGAUUGCUGCUUCGCCAAAGUUUCGGUUCGCGGACAGUUAUUCUGUACAGGCAUAUAGACUAUACCGUCAUAAGAUUUUGACGAAUUGACAAGUUGUACCACUACUGCUACGGUCGUCUUUUCCGGUACAGGUUUCACCUGUUCUCUUUGUCUUGACUGAUAUCACUUCGCGUAAUUUAGCUGCGAAGUCAGCAGUAGCUGGCAGUUAUCACACGCUGUUGUUCUUCCGUGCUAUCUUAUGUGAACUGUC